AUGGCUGCCGUGAGCAGUCAGCCACGCACGGCGCGGUCAGCGGGCCCCUGCAGAGCCCUCCCGGGGCUGCACCGAGACACGAGCGGCGGGAACGCACAGCGCGGAGCGGCCUUCCCGCAAGGCCGGCGGGGUGUCCCGGGCGCACACCGGGAAUGGCUGUGGGGAACGGGGCACUCACCCACACCAUCCCCCGGCCCUGUUCCCGCCAGGCGAGCCCGCAGUGCUGGCGGGGCUGUCCCGGGCGCACACCCGGAGCGGCUGAGGGGGGAACGGGGCACUCACUCACACUAUCCUCCUGCCCCGCUCCCGCCCGGAGCUCGCAGUGCUGGCGGGGCUGUCCCAGGCGCACACCCGAAAUGGCUGUGGGGAACGGGGCACUCACCCACACCAUUCCCCCGGUCCCGCUCCCGCCAGGCGCUCGCAGGGCCCCUCCCUCCCCGCGCGCCGCCGCGGCCAAUAGGGGAUAGCGAGGCAGGAGCCCGCCAACACCCAAACUCGGCCACGGAACCUCGCGGCCCCAACCCACCGCCGGUGGCAGGGGCUCAGCCGAGACGGAGAGCGGCCCCUUCCCGCCUCUCCUCGUCCUUCCCGCCCCUCCCCCGGCCCCAAGGCCCCGCUCACCGGCGGCCGAUCCCGCGCGGACCCCGCAGCGCGCGCUCGCACACACAGCCGCCUUCUCGUGCCCGGCGCGCCGCUAUAAGGAGCGCGCCGGCGGUCACGUGA